CAUUAACAUAACCUAUCAGUGGUAGAGCCAGGUAGAGAAAGGAAAGAAGAAGAAGAACAAAGAGAAGGAUAACCAUAAAUAAAUAGAAGUAAGCAUAACCUUGAAAGUACGUGUUGGUGAAAUGGUGAAAACGGAUCAGAAAUGGAGACUAACCGGUUAGAAACGUUUCUUGAAUCAUUUUCAAAACAUAUUGAAGAUGUACCAAAUUUCCAUGACUCCAAUGAAGCGUUAUACGGUAGUUUAAAGUCAACUUUAAAGGAUUUAUAUGAUUUCACUAAAAGCGAAGAAAUCGUAUGCAAUGUGCCUCAAAGUAAAGUUUUAAGUGCCCUGAAAAAGUUGAUCGUUGAAAAUUUCGAUUUGGAGCAGAUAUGGCAGCAAUUGGAACUGCAAAACACGAGUAUUGUAGAGCACAUGGUUAAAGACAUAAGUGCUUUACUCGUUGCAAAAGAGAGAUUGGUUUUCAGUUUCUUAUCUAAGGAAUUAAGUAAUGGGCUUAGCACAGACGACGAAAGCAACUCAUCUGCUGCAGAUGAACCGGAACAGGAAAUCAUUGAAGAUGAUAAUUCCAAUAAUGAAUCUGCCUCUGAUAGUGAAGAUGAAGAUGAUUGUUCACCUCCCCUAAAGAAGUAUAAAGAGUCGGUGGUCGAUGACGAAUUCUUCAAAUUAAACGAAAUGGAAGAGUUUUUACGAAAAGAAGAAAAUCCGCCAUCAAAAGUCCCAAACGACUCUGAUUCUGAAGAGGAGGAUGUCGAUUUGUUUGAGAACGAUAGUGACGAGGAUGAAGAAGGAGAGGAUGAAGAAGGAGAGGAUGAAGCAAAAACUGCCAGAUUUAAAGAUUACUUCGUUGAUAAAAGACAAGAUGAACCCAAGAGGAAGAAAAACAGAUUAAUGGACGAAUUGGAAGAAGAAAAUAGUGGCUCUGAGCAGGAUGAACUUGAACCGAAUCACUUCAAGUCAUCCUUAGAAUCGAGGCAAGAGCGCUUAAAUCGAAAAAUUGAACAGCUUGAAGAACAAGCGAUUAGUGACCAGCCCUGGCCAUUAAAGGGUGAAAUUACUGGGCAAACAAGGCCUCAAAACUCUCUGUUAGAACAGGUUCUGGACUUUGAUUUAACAUCUAGACCAGCCCCUGUUAUCACAGAACAAGCCUCCUUGCAACUGGAAGAUAUAAUAAGGCAAAGAAUUAAAGAUAAUGCUUUUGAUAGUAUCGAAAAAUGUGUCCGACCUAUAGACAGGCCGUUUGAUUUCAAGAAGAAGUUAUUAUUGGAUCAAGAAAAAAGCAAAGAGUCGUUGGCCAAUAUAUAUGAGAAGGAUUACUUGAGCCAACAGGCGGCGUUUAAUCAAGAUAACCAAGAACAACAGGAAGAAGAACCGGAAUCUCAUAAAGAGCUUAAACAAAUGAUGAAGGGUCUGUUUGCAAAACUAGAUUCUCUUUCCAACUUCCAUUUUACAGCCACAGCUGCCAUACCCGAACUGAAAGUCAUCAAGAAAUUGCCGGCAGUUAGCAUGGAAGAAGUGGCUCCAGUUGCAAUUAGUGAUGCUAAUUUAUUGGCACCUGAGGAAAUAAAAAACAAACCUAAAGGUGAUAUUAUUGGUCAAAAUGAAAGGACGAAAACUGACAAAAAGGGGAAACGAAGGAAGAAAAAGGUGAAACAAAAGAUUCACAGCCAACGAAAAUCGAAAAUUGAAGAAAAAAAAGCAUCGAAAAAAAAGUUUCUUAAAGUCUAAAUCCUACUUGUUGAUAAAAAAUUUAUUUUUUACUUUUGGAAGUAAAGGAACGUGAAGUUACUUUGUUCCUCAAUUAAUAGCUUUUCUCUGUACUCAAUUUAUAAUUGAUAAACUCAUUGUGCCAACAGGAGAAAGAAAUGUUUUAUGUUAUUUAUUUAUGUUUAUUCCACCAUCAAUUUUCUAUUUAUACCUCAGCAUUUAGAGCUCACGGUUUUCUAUACAUUAUUUUAGGGUGCAUAAGAUGUUCAACCUUUUCAAGUUUAUUGCAGCUACAAAAAAACACGUCUAGGCUAUCUGUCGAAAAUCCACAAUUAAGAAUUUUGUAUUUAACUUUUACAAUAUUUUUAAAAGUUUGAGGCAAAUUUGUACUUUGUUAGCCAAUAUUGAGAUAAGCAUUCUGAACUUUUAUAUUAAUUAUUUUUUUGUAUAAACAGGUUUUGAUUUUGCAUAAGUAAGUUAUUACUGAAAUGAAUAGAAAAUUACACUUUCGGUAUAAUUUGAGCCGACAAAAGUUUCUAAUGUAACCACGUACAGGUCUCGAAAUGCGCUAAUCUCAGGCAUCUCCAGGGCGGGUUUCGACCCUAUCAAUUGGGUUUAGGAAACCCGACUCCUAAAACUAGUUUUUUUUUACUUACCAUUUUCUAUGGUUGCCUGAAAUUAACACAUCUUGAAAUCUGUACACAUUUCUAUGGAUUAUAGAAAUUUUUAUAAUUUAAUAU